CGGUUCGAUUACUUAUUGUUUCCUCUCUCUCUCUCUCUCUCUCUCUCUCUCUCUCUCUCUGUUUGAAUUGCAGGAUGAAGGCUCUUCCCUGGGUUUGCUGCACUAUUUUCAUCAUGAAUGAACUCGAAGAUCACGGAGAAUAAUGGUACGAAGGGGACAUAAGUUUGACAUUAUCUAUUAGCAGGAGGGCAAGAAGAAGAAAAUAGACAUUGAUUGUUGGAUCCAGAAAAUCAAAUAGGUCGAGAAAGGUAUAGUAUCUUUCUCUUAUUUGUAUUAUUACAAUUGCUUGAAAAGGCUUUCAAUUCAUAUUUAGGUGUUGCUUUUCAGAAAUACAUGUGAAAAAAUAGCCUAACAACUUGUUUCUAAAUGGCCACGGAGUAACCAAGCUUUGGAUCAUGCCGCAUAAGAGAACCAAACUUUUGAGAAAAGAGGAAGAAAGAUGUUUGUUGGGAUGAUUAGUGGCAACAAAAUUCAACACCCAAUCAUGGAAUUAAUUUUAAAUAUUGGUGAUAAAGUUAAUUUGUAUUGCACUUUUUAUGUCCCUAUGGAUCGGUGACCAAAUAUGUUGAGUGGUGUAAUCAUGAAAUCUUCCUUCUUAACAAACUAGUCCCCCCACUAAACACCAAGCUGCUUGCUUUCCCUUCCUUGAUAUCAGCCCUUACCAUACCAAUUUUCCCCAUUCCCUUUCAUUCUCUGGCCGCUCCUUUGUAUCCUAUGACCUAUACUCGUUAGUUCAAUUUCAGCAACACAUCUCGUCGAGUACCAAAAUUAUUACCUAGCUGUGCUGCUCAUGGAAAAUCCACGCUCAACCUAGCUAGAUCUUAGUUAGCGGGUAAAAGGUUCAUAUAAUUACAUAAUUCGAAUCGACUAUAAUCGAAUCCCAAUGUACUCGAUGUUCAAUACGAUCUAUGAUUUUGUGCUUUCGUUCAACUUGGUCCCCCAGAAACAAAAUGAGGUAAGCAACUUAUGUGAAACAAUUCAUAAAACGGUAGAUUUUCAUCACAAUCAUCUCAAAAAAAAUUUAAAAACCCCAAACAAUCUCAAAAUAAAUAAAAACUUACCCCCUCAAUCGUCAUCUUUCCUUCUCCAACUUCUUAAUUAUGAAUUUUAAAUCAAACUCGUUUCGUCUAAAUGAAAUUAUAAUCAAGGAUAGAAGAACGGUAUAUUUUCUGGAUGAUAGCAUGACACGAAUUUUUUAUUUUGCACUUAAAUUCUGUUUUGGUGAUUAACCAUAAUCAAAGCUCCCAAAAUAGAAAAUUUAUUAGUCGAAUUUACUUACUAUCUGUCCCUCCCAAAUUAAAUUUUCCCCAGUCUCCUAGUCAACUAAUUACCAUGAUCAUCGACGAGUUUGACUAAAUUUAAAUUACCAAACCCAUUACCGACGAAAGUUUCCAUUUCCUCUCCCUUUGAUUCCUCUUCCUUGCCAUAUUUUGCCCAUUCUCUAUUCCCAUUCAUCUCCGCCUCCUCCCAGCACCUACAAACCCACUAUAUUAGCAGACAAAGAAGACAACACGCUAAGCCAGUUGCAGAGAAUACAGCAACAGAACAACAACUUCAUUCAUAUAAUGGGGACGACAACGUCGUCUAUGGCGGCAAAACUGGCCUUCUAUCCGCCGAACCCGCCGACGUAUAACGUCUCGGCCGACCAAGUGACCGGUAAGCUCCACCUCAGCAUCCGGGGUCACCGGCCGAGGAGGGCCGUCGACGUGGAAGUCAUGAAGCUGCCCACGAACAAAGGGAACGAAAUAGUGGCGAUGUUUGUGAAGAACCCGUCGGCUUCCCUCACCCUUCUUUACUCCCACGGAAACGCCGCCGAUCUGGGCCUCAUGUACUUCAUCUUCACCGAGCUCAGCUCCCAUCUCAACGUCAAUCUCAUGGGGUAUGAUUAUUCAGGGUAUGGGCAGUCCUCUGGAAAGCCAAGUGAACAAGACACUUAUGCAGACAUCCAGGCAGCCUAUAAAUGCCUGAAAGACAAGUAUGGGAUGAAGGAGGAAGACAUAAUACUGUACGGGCAGUCACUUGGGAGCGGACCUGCACUUGAACUGGCUACCCAUUUGCCCCAACUAAGGGCACUCAUCCUCCACAGCCCUAUCCUCUCUGGCCUCAGAGUCAUGUACCCUGUCACCACGAGUUGCUGGUUCGACAUCUACAAGAACAUUGACAAGAUCCCAUUGGUAAACUGCCCGGUUCUUGUAAUCCAUGGAACAGAUGAUGAAAUUGUGGACUUUUCCCACGGGAAGCAGUUGUGGAAGCUGUGCAAGGACAAGUACGAGCCACUGUGGGUGGAGAAAGGGAAGCAUUGUGACUUGGAGACAUUUCCUCAAUACUUGACCCACCUACAAAAGUUCGUCUCCGCUGUCGAGAAGAUCCCUCCCCAGCUUUGCGAUGCGAACAAUUUGCCCGACGGUUCACCGAUUGUGAUGCAUCGCGGUGAUAAGACCUCGGGCGUUAAGGAGAGGUCUAGGAGGAGGGUGAGCGCGGAUCACUGGGAUGGCAAGCGAAGGCAGAAGGACAAGAGCUCUGAGGAGCAGAGGAGGCAGAGUACAGGAGGCAGAGCUAGCGUCGAAAGGAGGGACGGUAACGUUAAGAUACCGUCACGAAAGAGCGUUGAUUCUUCAAGGAACAGCUUUGACAGGUUUGGGGAGAUGGUGAGGUCGGUUGGAUUGUGCAAUGUGGAUUGUUUGAAAUAAAUGAAGCUCGGGGCCUAACAAUGGGGUCGAUUUGAGGAUACUGUUGGGUGCAGAUAGUAGUAAUAAGACGACUAGUAGUAGUGUAGUAAUGCGCAAUUUUUCAUUGCAUGUCUAUCUUCGUUCCUUGACUGGUCAUGUAUAUUGUUAGGAACAUACGUUCUGAAGUUGUUAUGCCUUGGUUUGAUUCAGCCAGCAAUCAUUCAAUAUAAGUGAAAUUGUCUU